AUGUCAAAUACUAUGACGAACGGUCAUACGAACGGCACGAAUGGUAGCCACAAGGACUACUCUGUCCCCCGCGAAACCCAACACAUCUUCGAAAAGGGCAUAUUAAGCAAUCCCCUCAUUGCUCCAACAUUACCCAUCGACAUCGCAGAAUGCGCAAAGACAGUCCAGUUCAAAGGCAGCGAUAAGCCCAGUAUACCCAUCAACUGGCGCUUCGCCGAAAGCAUCUCGGCACUCAAGGGGCUGGAAGCCGCCAUGAUCAACGUCCUUCUGAAGCAGAAAUAUGGACUGGAACCCCAAGAAGCUGUCAUAGAUACCGACCAUGCGCAACUCUUCUUCAUGUCGAUCCUAUUGAACGUCAUCGAUCCCGAUGGCGAACACAUCGAGUUCUUGACCAAACCAUUCGCGAGUGGAUCGGACGCAUACAACAGAUAUUUCAAGAACUGCGAUCUGCAUGAUACUAGUAGGACUCCGUAUCGCGUGGCGGCUACGAACAUCUACCGGUGCGAAGAUGGAAGGUACUUCCAUUUACAUGGCUCCAUGAACCCUGAACCCACACAAGAGAGUGUUGGGUUACCGCAUGAUAUGGACUUGGCUGAGUCGGAGGAUCCAUGGAAACCGUACGAAGAGAAGCUAGCAAGCAUUGAAUCUGACGAGAUGCAAAGGUUGGCAUCGGACGUCUACAAGCAAGCUGGUACCAUCUGCUGGACAACCGAGGAGUUCAAGAAUAGCGAACAUGGAAAAGCGAACGCCCAUGUAGGCCUCUACGAGAUUCACGACGUCAAGAACCAGAAACAGCCAGCGUGUUGGUGGCCAAAUAGUUCGGAGACAGGUGUAAAGAGGCCACUCGCAGGUCUCAAAGUCGUCGACCUGACCCGCGUAAUUGCUGCUCCAGCUCUAACCCGAGGCCUUGCCGAACUGGGUGCUUCGGUGAUGCGAGUAACAGCUGAGCACGUUACUGACAUGUCCAUGCUACACGUCGAUCUCAGCUGGGGAAAGUGGAACUCGCAUCUAGAUUUCCGGAAUGAAGAGGAUAGAGAGAAGCUGCGCGCUUUAGUCCGAGAAGCCGACGUCGUCGUACAAGGCUAUCGGCCUGGCGUGUUGGAAAAAUAUGGUUUCUCUCCUGAGGGCCUACUCGACCUGACGAAAGAUCGAGAGCGAGGUCUCAUUGUUGUGCGGGAGAACUGCUAUGGCUGGUAUGGUCCCUGGUCGUAUCGCAGCGGGUGGCAACAAAUCUCUGACGCGUGCUGUGGCGUAUCGAUGGAGUUUGGACGAGCCAUGGGCAAUGACGAGCCUGUGACACCAGUUUUCCCCAACAGCGACUUCUGCACUGGUACUUCUGGCGUCAUCGCCGUCUUGAACGCGAUAAUUCGAAGGGGUACUGAAGGCGGCUCCUACAAAGUCGAUAUUGCCUUGAACUACUACUCCCAAUGGUUGGUAAACAGCGUCGGCACCUACCCUACAGAUGUCUGGGAAGAUGUCUGGACACGCAAUGGCCGCCAAGUAUUCCGCCAUUACCACAACAUGCAGUAUACGUUGCCGCGCUACAUGAAGAUGCUAUUCGAGAACUCAGGAUCCGUGCUCUUCAAACCCGAUUUCUUCGAGAUGCGACACGCGGGCGCGAUCGGCAAAGACGUAAAGGGAGUCAAGCCCAUUAUCCAAUACCCACAAGGGAAGGUGGAGUUGGGAUAUAAUGUAGGGACGCGAGGAAAUGGUGUCGAUAAGCCAGUGUGGCCAAAGAGCCUGAUGACCGAGGUUGUCGCGUAA